AUGGGGCAGAAUCGAACCUAUAGUGAACUGUUGGAUGAACAUAGAUAUGUUAUGAGUAUCUUUAGUGCCACGUUCAACUUGCAAACUAUUAAACUCUUCCCUACUAUUGGCAACCUCGACACUCCUAUUCACGAUGACAUUGAUUUGGCAUCGAAUGACGUUAAUUCAGGCAAUAUAUUCAGGGAAUUGAAGAGUCUGUGGAAUCCUCUCGGUUUAAAUUUGACGGAAUCCUUUUCGAACGGUGGUAUGUUUGUCCAUUCUAUUCCUAAUGGCCCCACCAUAGUGAGUGUCAACUCCAUGUAUUUUUUCACGAAAAAUACAUGGAUUCCCGACUGCAAUCAAACUGGAUCGGCAGGAGCAGUGGAGAUGAUCUGGUUAGACACCCAGCUCGCGUCUGCGGCUGCUAACAACAAGUCCGUUUACAUCAUAUCCCACGUACCGCCUAUCAAGAACACCAAGCAGCUUUACAAACCACAGUGUUACGAGGCUUACGUCAACCUGUUGGGAAAAUAUAGCAACACCAUUGCCGCUCAUCUCACAGGACAUACGAAUGGUAAGCAGAUUGAAGAAGCUUUUCAUGUGGGGGUUGUCUUUAGCUGGCUAAAAUAUGUUCUUUCACUAGAGGAUCACUUGGCGGUGCUUCACAAUACAAAUGGAACAUUUGCUUUGCAAGGCAUAUCGAAGCGAUCCCACAUGGCCUUCAACAUCAACGAGAUCAGCAACGUGUUGACCAACUCGCCAUCUAUUAUUCCGGUCAACAACCCUGGUUUCCGUAUUUACAAAUAUGACACCACAGACGGAACGCUCCUCGGCUGGGACCAGUAUUGGACCGAUCUGGAUCAAGAUAAUGUCCAAGGCAAUGUGACAUGGUCAAAAGAGUACUCUACUUCCGCUCUGUACGGCGUAGACAGACUGGAUAGGGCGGGGUGGCAUCAACUGAUGCAGCGUCUUCUCACCAAUAAGAAAACGUUCAGUAUGUACAAAACAUAUAUAAACGUUCAACACCAACCGUCAAGUGAUGGUGAGGCAGAUGAGUAA